GGCCGUAUGAUGCUCUAUGGGGCUGUAUAUAGGGCUGUAUGAUGCUCUAUGGGUCGCUAUGGGGCUGUAUGUGUUUAUAGGGACGUCGACGGACGUGAGCCGCUUUGCGGGUCGCCUGGAGCACGUGUACGACGGGGUGACGGCCGGGAUCAGCAUCCAGAGCCCACAGCUCAACAUACAGACCGUGGCUGCGGGGGGGGGGUCACGGCUCGUGUACCGUUCUGGUCUCUUUGUGGUCGGCCCCGAAUCAGCAGGAGCGGAUCCCGGCCCCGCGUGUUACCGCAGAGGGGGCCCAGCCACAGUGACGGAUGCCAACCUUGUUCUGGGCCACCUCCCAUUGCCCCAUAUCCCCCCAUAACCCCCAUA